AGUCUACCUAAAAUAAUGAGAUUAUUAAAAAUUAAGAUUUUGAAAUUGUUAAACCCAAAAGGAAGAAUUGCAGGGGAAAACAACGAGAAGAUUCAUCGUUGUUGGAGUUAACAUUACCCACAGUUGAAGAUGAAAGCAUCUAACUAAUUUAAAAUUCACGAUUCAUUGUCGGGUUAAAUUAAUUGCGAAUUUAACUAUCCUUUUUUGCAUUAAUUUUCUAGGGUUCAUCCUUUUUCUACAUCCUUUGUCAGAAAUAUGUUAGAGAAGAUAGGAUUACCGCCAAAACCCUCAUUACGGGGUAAUACUUGGGUUCUUGAUGCUUCCCACUGUAAAUCUUGUUCUUCUCAGUUCACCUUUAUCAAUCGUAAGCAUCAUUGUCGAAGGUGUGGAGAUCUUUUUUGCAAUAAUUGUACAAAGAACAGAAUGUAUUUGCGAGGUCAGGGCGAUUCCCCAGUUCGUAUAUGUGAAGCUUGUAAGAAACUAGAAGAGGCUACUCGGCUUGAGCAACGAUAUGGACAUAAAAAUCGUGCUGGAAAAGGGUCCUCAAACGCGGCAUCCAGGAGUGUGGAUGAAGUUUUAAAUGAUAUCCUGGUGAAUGAUGUUAGAGAAUCGGAUCAUAUGGGACCUGGUAAAGAAAUUUCUACCCAAAAUGAGGAUGUAGACAUGGUUGGCAAUGCAUCUGAUGGAAAUAAUAGUGAGUUGGAUUCUCCCACUCCAGCAAAACUACGCCAACAAGCUUUGGAUGAGAAGAACAAAUAUAAAAUACUUAAGGGAGAAGGGAAAUCUGCUGAAGCUCUAAAAGCCUUUAAAAUAUCUCGGGAACUUGAGCGGCAAGCAGCUGCUCUGGAACUCCAAUUACGGAAGAAUAGGAAAAAGGCUCUGACUGCUAACAGCUCUGCUGAGACACUGAAAGACAUGUCUUCUGAAUUAGGAACUAAAGACAAGUCUUCAAAGGUGACAGAAAAGGAAGAUCUCACAGCGGAACUCAAAGAACUUGGAUGGUCUGAUGUCGAUAUUCACGACACGAGUAAAAAACCAGCUCCAACAAGCCUAGAAGGUGAACUUCUCAGUCUACUCCAGGAUUCUGGUGAAAGUAGUCACCGUAAAGUGUCUUCAGGUAUUGACAAAACUGAAGUUAUUUCCCUGAAGAAAAAGGCUCUUAUGCUUAAGCGUGAGGGGAAACUUGCUGAAGCCAAGGAAGAACUAAAGAAAGCAAAAAUUUUAGAGAAGCAACUUGAGGAACAAGAACUUUUGGCUGAUGCUGAGGGCUCUGAUGAUGAGCUAUCUGCUUUGAUAUGUUGUUUAGAUAAUGACGAGAAAAAUAAUUUUUCUGCUGAGUUUAAUUUGGAUUCUGCGUUUGACUUGGACAAUUUCUCUGCCUUUGGUGGUGAUCUUGGUGUUGAUGGGAAUUUUGAUGCGACUGAAGAUGAUCUGCAUGACCCGGAAAUGGCUGCUGCCUUGCAGUCUCUAGGUUGGACUGAGGAGCCUGAUCAUACUGAUCAUCUUCUAACUCGGUUCUCUCCUGUUAAUAGACAGGCACUUUCAGAUGAGAUCUUCAAGUUGAAGAAAGAAGCUGUAAAUCAGAAAAGAUCUGGGAAUACAGAAGAGGCAAUGACACUGCUUAAGAGGGCGAAAGCGCUUGAAAAGGACCUUGAAAAGAUUGAUGAAACGGAUCCUGAAUCUAGUGGAUUGCGUUUUAAAACUUCUGACGUAAUCCACAAUUUUGAAACAAAAAAACCAGUGAAGAGUAGAUAUAUGAUUCAGAAAGAUCUUCUUGCACUGAAAAAGAAAGCCCUUGCUUUACGAAGGGAAGGGAAACUUGAAGAAGCUGAUAACGAACUCAAGAAAGGAAAAGCCCUUGAGCAGCAGCUUGAGGAGAUGGACAAUCCUACUGGAGUUAUGGACACUCCUUUGGAUGGAGUAUCAGAACCGGUAGUUGAGCCGCUUGAUUUGUCUUCUAUUCUUGCUCUCGAGGAUGGACAAGGGGAUGUUACAGAUCAAGAUCUGCAUGAUCCGGCAUAUCUUUCACUCCUCAAAAACUUGGGCUGGCAGGAUGAAGAUGACGCUAGUGCCACACAUUCAGCUGAAGUGCCCAACAAAAACACUUCUACUAAAGUUGUGAAACGAAGAAGUAAAGCCGAGAUUCAGAGAGAACUGUUAGGUUUGAAGAGGAAGGCUUUGGCUCUUAGACGUCAAGGACAGGAGGCUGACGCUGAUGAAGUGCUUCAAAAUGCGAAGAUAUUAGAGCAAGAUUUGGCAGAACUAGAAGCACCAAAGGUAGAGAUAGUCGAUACUAUCUCUGAGCCAAAGGUUGAAAACGAAGCUGCAAAACCAGGAAAUCCACUUGAAAAUACUGAGCUUAUUGAAAGAGGAACUCAUCAAACACCUCUCAAGAGACCAGCUGAAGUCAAUGAUGCCUCAGAGAAACGUCAAGUAGUGCAGGAAGCUAUUCCUAGAGCUAACCUCUCCCCAGGUGUUUCUUCGGAUAACCAAAAAGAUCCAAUCCGACAGGAGAUUCUUUCUCAUAAAAGGAAAGCUCUUGCAUUGAAGAAAGAAGGUAAAUUGGCGGAAGCCAAAGAGGAGCUUAGAAAAGCAAAGCUGUUGGAAAAAAAUUUGGAGGACCCAACUGGUCCUGUGCCCAUGGAAGCCUCAACUACCAUUGGGUCUUCUUCUACCAGAGAAGUGCAUAGCCCAUCCACGACUUCCACCCCACACAAAGAGCUGGCUUCCCAGGCGAGCCCCCCGAAACCAAUGUCCAGCGGUGAACGUUUAAAAUUGCAGCGAGCGUGCCUCAAUCACAAACGGAAUGCUAUGAAGCUACGUAGAGAAGGUAAGGUAGAAGAAGCAGAUGCUGAACUUGAAUUAGCCAAGAAACUUGAAGCACAACUUGAGGAAGUUAGUCCUCCAAACCCAGCUGGUCCUUCAUCAAGUUACACAGGACAUGCUGAUGAGGCAAUUGUCGAGGAUCUCUUUGACCCUCAGCUCUUAUCGGCCCUCAAGGCGAUUGGUUUGCAAGAUGAUAUUAUCUCACACAUCCCAGCAAAGGCAGAGCAACGAACAUCAGUCUCAACUAAGAAUGAGAGUUCCAUUGAAGAGAGAACUCAGCUAGAAGCUCAAAUUAAAGCUGAAAAAAUGAAGGCCCUGACUCUGAAACGCUCCGGAAAGCAAGCAGAGGCGUUGGAUGCUCUUCGUCGAGCCAAACAAAUGGAAAUGAAGCUUACCUCGCUACCUCAAUAAUAAAGAUUGAUUUUUAUGCGGUGUUUCACUAUAUUAUUGAGGAUAAAUGGAAGAAAUUUUUUGGUAUUUUUACAUAAACAUGCCAAUUCUCCUCUAAGUGGAUGAAAAAACACGUAAGGAUAAUAUUUUUAUUGGAUCAUGUGUAAUUUAGAUGUUUAUAUGAUAUUUAUAACUCAUUGGAUGUAUAUUAUGUAUUCUCUAAUACAGUGCAAGAUUGUUUUUGUGACUAUUCUGUAUUAUUUCUUCCAACUUGAGUUGAAGCUGUCAAUGAUAUAUGGUGAUGCUGGAUGACAAACAUUUAUCUUGGAAUGUUCACUGAAA